AUGAAUAAGGAAAAUACCAUUACAGUAGCAGAGCCACAAAAUAGUCGAAUCAAGGAGUAUCUCAAGAAAUACAGGGUGGUGUUGUUAAUAUUGGUUGGUGUUUUGUUAUUAGGCAGCAUCGUAUUGAUAAUAUAUUUUAAGAAGAAGAAAAAAAGGAUAUCAAUCACAAAAAAAUCAGCAACAAUAUUGUUACCAUUUAAACCACUCCAGAUACCAAAUAAUGUUGAUACGGUGAAGUUGAAAGAGGUAUACGAUUUUAUAUCUAAGAAACUAGCCUUUUUCGAUGUAGAAAAGCAAAAAGACCUAGAUGCCUACAAUAUCAAUAAUCUGCCCGUUUCAUACCUAGCAAGCAAUAGAAAAUCAGUUUUAUUAUUGUUUGAUUCCAACGGGAUGAAGACAGUAAUAAAAUACGUUGUAAAGGCAAAUUAUAAUUUUGAUGAGAAGAAAGAAGUGUUGUGUUCCAGGUUAUUUGGUAACACAGAACACGAAAAUCUUAUUGAAAUAUACGACGUGGAAACAAGAAAAUUGCUCCAUUCGACUGUUAUAAUGAUAUUAAUGCGAUAUUGUGAGGUAGACCCGUGGAAUAUGAUUUGGAAGCAUGAAAAUGAAAUAAGAGAAUAUGCUACGCAAGUUCUACUUGGAAUGAAAGUGCUUCAUGACAACAAAUGGGCGCAUUUGGAUUUCAAACUAUGCAAUACAGUCGCAGUUAAGAAUGGAAAAGGUGAUUACACCUACAAAAUAAUAGAUUAUGGGAAUGCAAGAUGCAUAGAAAGUGGUACAAGUGAAAAAUACACUGCAGGACGAGGAACACCUGGAUAUACGGAUUAUGAAGGAAGAGUGAAAGGUAUCUAUGGAUACGCAAGUGAUAUAUGGGCUAUAGGAAGAACAUUAUUGAACCACAAUACCGUUGAGAAUUACAGGGACAUGAAAGAUAGUUUCGAAAAUGUCGAUGAGAACUACGAAUUCAACAAAUAUGUGAAAUUCAACAACAAGUAUAGCCUGGAAAUGAAACACUUUAUAUGGCUGUGCCUACAAAAGAACUUUGAUGAUAGGCCAAAUGUAAAAACACUGCUAAAUCACGAAUUUAUAAGGAAAAAGACAAUACAGAACAGGAAGGCAAUUGAGCAAUUAUUUAAACAAUAA